AUGAGGUUUCCAGUCUUCUCCAGCCUGCUCUGCGUCUUGCUUCUCUGUUUCUCCAUCUUCUCCAUAGAAGGAAAGAGGAAUCCUAGGCAUCCCACCAAGCGCUUGAAAGGCAAGCUCUGCUGCUCCCAAGUUCCUAAUCCUGUUCUAAGGACCCAGAAAGGACACCAUGCGAGGAUCUGCAAGCCGUGCAAGACCAAGCCCAAGUCCAACAUUUGGGUGGUGCCUGGGGCACUCCCACAGGUGUAG